AUGUACGAGAAACAAGGCACAGAUGUGGAAACUGCGUCUUUAACAGAUGAUAUCGAGUUAGAGGCCGGUGGGGUCACUUUACCAAGGGAUGUGUUUCGCAACCGCUUCACUUACGUUUUCUAUAUGAUGAAAAAUUAUAUGCUUCUAAUGCCGCUAGUAGUUGUUGUCCAGACUGUUCUUUCAGAACUUACCUUGUCCAAGAGUAAUAUUUAUUUCUAUUGGGGUGAGUAUCUAUUAUACUUCGUAUUCAUUCAGAUUCUCUUCUAUUGGUGCGGUAAAAAGCUAAGGUCUGUUUUCCAAUCAGAAGCCAAUGCAACGCACUUUUCACAAACAGUUCAAAGCAUUAGUCCAGAAUGCUCAAUAGAGAAAUGGGAUGUUGUUGCAGCUAAGAUGAAUGCUUUCCUCUACGAAUCGGGUGCUUUAAAGUCCCCCUAUUACUUCUACGAUGGCAGUGUGUGUUUUGCAAACUUUCGGUAUCACUUUGUCCUUCCUUAUUACAAUCCGGAUACUACCAACACAAGCGCUUGUGAAGAUGCUGUGAAAUCGUAUCAGGAAUCACUAGAUGAAAUUUGGAGGGAAUAUCAUGAUGUUGUCGCGACGCCUGCCGAAAAUAUGAAUGUCAUGCUCCCUCGCGAUCAAUUCAGAUGCAAAUUCACUUAUUUUUGUAAGGAAUCAAGAACGUUGGUGGCCUUGGGACUUUUUUUGAUUGUGAUUGAUGCUGCGCUGCAUGUGUUUUUGUAUUACACUGGAUCGCGGUUAGAUUUUCUCAAAUAUUCAUGGUUUGUGGACCUGGAAGUUCUAGGUUUUCUGUGCUUUAGUCCAUGGCUCCAUCGCAGCUUUAAGGACUGUAAAAUGACAAUCUGCAAUAGAAUGGCUUUUUUGAAGGCUUUUAUGAGACAUCGCAAUGAGAAUGCGUUGCAGAGGUGGGACCAUAUUGCAGAGGAUAUGAACGAAGCUUUAUCGACGUGCACAGAAAACCCUUCGCCUUACUUUUUCUAUGAUGGCGCUGCCUGCAACGCUUACUUCAAAAGAAUAUUCUCCCUUGAACCAAAGAAGGCCUCGUUUCUGUCACGUUUCAAACGUCCAACCGGGAGUGUGAAUCCAGAGCUAGAGCCUUACGUUCAAGAAGUUAAAGCAAUACUUGAAAAGGAGCAAUUGUGA